CAAUCCCUCACUUACAGUGGUCCCAGGCCCCUUCCAGGAGAACUUUCGUGCUCAGUCAAUGACAGUACGGUAAUCAUUCCUUCACACCUUCCCCAGUUACACCAGGAAUUCCUACGCUACAGACAUUGCCGGGCAUUUCCAGCCCUACUGAGCCCUUCUCCUUGCGAGGAUGACCUCUAUCUCCUCUUGGCCAUCAAGUCCACAGCUACACAAGUAGAGCGUCGUGCUGCACUGCGGGACACCUGGGGUCACGCCGGUCGCAUCCAGGGUCGACGGGUGAAGCUUGUCUUCUUGAUGGGCCGCUCACAUGACAAGGUGGAGAGCUACAAGCUGCAGCCACUGCUGGAGUGGGAGAGCCGUCGCUACGCGGACAUCAUGCAGUGGGAUUUUGCGGACUCCUUCUUCAACCUGACCCUGAAGGAGGUCCGAUUCCUCAGCUGGUUCUCGGGCUCAUGCAGCAGCGCACAGUUUGUGUUCAAGGGCGACGAUGACGUGUUUGUGCACACAGAGAACCUGCUUGAGUUCCUGAAAGCCUACAAACCUGAGAAUCACCUGUUCACUGGAGAUGUCCUCCCUCGCUCCUUCCCCAUCCGACAUAGUUAUUCAAAGUACUUUAUCCCUGUUGAAAUGUACCCCAAUGAUAAGCCCUAUCCGCCCUACGUGGGUGGCGGUGGGUACCUGAUGUCAAGGCGGACGGUGCUGGGUCUGAAUGUAGCAGCCCAGAAUAUAGAGCUGUUUCCCAUUGAUGACGUGUUUGUUGGCAUGUGUUUGCAGCAAAUGGACAUUGUUCCCACACACCACAGGGGUAUUCUGACAUUUGGCUUCCAAAACGGCCUAAACCACUUUGACCCCUGUUUUUUUCGUGACAUCCUGCUGGUGCACAAGCUGAACCCUACUCAAAUGUGGGUCAUGUGGGCCCUCAUGCUGGACAGCAACCUGCCCUGUGGAAGGAGCAGGAAAACACUGUGAGGCAGGCCCACCACCCCCUGCCCUAUACGGCCAGCAUCAACUGUAAUCUGUGAAUAUGUUUGCAGAUUUUUCCACAGCGUUGACAAAAACGAUUUCCUUCAAAUUGUUUUUGUUUUUGUCACCUAUAGACUCAUCAUAUGUAAUCUGCCUAUUCUAUAGCCCAGUAUAUUUAUUUCUAUUUUUCUUACAUUUCUUAUAGCCCAGUAUAUGUAUUUCUAUUUUUCUUAUAUUUCCUAUUAGACUUAAUAUCUAAUGUUACAGGUCUAAGUGACCCCAAACUUUUGACCGUGUGUGUGCGUGUGUGUGCGUGCGUGGUGGAGGUGCAUGGUGGAGUUGCCGAAUGUAGAAAGAGAAUCUGAUACGUUUUGGGUAAAAGAUACCGGGAGAACUUGUUGAACCUGUUGGGUAAAACAGGGUGAACUUGUAAAAUCAUCAGGAUCUGAAGUAGAUUAUGGACCCUUUCAACAAUAAAAACAAAAACAAUGCUUGAACGUUCUAUUUGGGCCCCAAUCUACUUCCUCUGCAUUAAGAUAACAUAUGGAAUGUUAAAAAGGAAGUCUUGUGGGGCCAACUAUGAUGCUGAUAAUGGAACUCUCUUGAAAGGGUCCAUAGGCUGUUCAUUCAUGUACUCUAAAAACAGAUUGGUUAAACCUAGGCCUAAAAACUACUAAUAUUAUUGGUUAAGCCAAUAUUUUUUUUUUUAACAAAGGGCAGUUCCAGCAUCAUGGAAUCAUAUGGUAGGCUAAACAAAACCCCCUAGCAUGGACUUAGAAUCAGUGAAUUCAUUUCCAUAACUUUGAAUGUAACCUCUGUCCUCUGAAUACUGACAAAUCCUUAAAUUUCAUCAUUUACUACAUCCUAAGAAUACAUGGUAUUUCAUCAGUGUCAUGGACGUGACAUGAAAUAGACACACUUUUAUGAGGGAUUACAGGUUUUCUACAAAAACUGUUUUUCAAACUAUGCGUCAUUUUUGUAUGCAUUAGGGAAAAUGUUGGCGUUGCUUCUGAAUGGUUGCACAUUUAUGAUGUAAAAAGAGUAAUUUUCCAUCAAAUUCAAUCAGAUCAGUUACAAAAAAUAAAAUAUAGACAUUUUAACAACA